AUGAGCACAAGGAAGAGCUGCCCCCUGCCACUGGGGCAAGGAGACCGGGAGGAGAAGCAGAGCGAGGGUACUCCUGACCUGGAGCCCCAGGAGUGCGAGGCGGACCUGAGGAACAAAGCUAUUCUGCAACAGAAGAGGCGCCUUAAACAGGCCACCCAGUUCGUGCACAAGGACUCGGCUGACCUGCUGCCCCUGGACGGCUUGACAAGGCUUGGCACCUCCAAGGAUCUGCAGCCACACAGUGUGGUCCAGCGGCGCCUCUUGGAAGGCAAUCUGAACAAGCUGCGGGGCGAGACCAGGGUUCAGCCUGCACGGGUUCAAUCUCCGCUGGCAAAAGACCGGGAUGAAAAGAUGGAAAAGGAAGAGGACAGGAGAAAAGAGACUUCACCCCUGCUAAUACAGUGCCAGUGCCAAGGUCAGGUAUUGAAAGCGACUGUUAACACUGGGUGUCUACCAAAUUUCAUCUCCAAGAGCUGUUUAAACCAGCUGGGGCUGGAAGAAGUGCCUGCCAUGGACUGUGGAGACCUCUCUCCUCCCGUCCCCAGCGUUGUUGGCCGAGUAGAACAUAUGGAGUUGCAAUUUGGCCAGGAGACAGUGCUGUGUUCAGCACUGGUUGUAGAUGAUGAAAUGCUGGAGUUUUGCAUUGGUCUCCAGACUCUGUUGUCUCUCAAGUGUUGCAUCGACUUGGAGGAAGGAGUCCUGAGAUUUAAAGCACUGAGUCAAGAGCUGCCUUUUCUACACACCUCUGCAGAGCCCGGUCAGUGA